AUGUUCCACAACCUGACCAAACUGCAGACCUUGACACUACUUGACUGCAGAAUCUACUUUUUGGAUCACAGCGUGACCAAAGAUCUGAGAUCUCUCACAGGACUAGCACUGGUAUUCCGAGACAGCUUGAAUAUCCUAGAGAACUAUGUUGAACCUCUGCAGAGUCUGAAGUAUCUUCAUUUACUUCAGUUGCAGUUCUACUGCAGUUGUGAGAACGCGUGGUUCACUUCAUGGGCCGUGAACAACAAGCAGGUGGAAGUAUACCUGUUCAAUCCUUCAAUGGAGGGAUUGAAAUGUCUGGCAAAUAAUGGACUUGAUCAUCUCAAUUUUGUGAACUAUGCUAAGGAAACCUGUUUGUUUGAGGUUGAGUUUGUGCUCUUCACUGCCACAACCCUUGCUUUGUUAGCCUUUAUGGCGGCGGUUUUGUUCCAUCGUUUUGCCAGUCCUUAUGUAUUUCCCCUCUACUACAUUGUGCGUGGGUGGCUGCAGGGGGCUUGGCAACGGGACAAGAAGCGACACUAUGUCUAUGACACUUUUGUGUCCUACAGUGGGAAGGAUGAGCGCUGGCUAGGGAAGGACAUUGUGGAGAACAUAACGGACAGCCUUUACGGAAGUCACCACACCCUCUGCCUGAUCAGUCGCAACUACCUGCGCAGUAACUGGUGCUCUCUGGAGAUGCAACUGGCUACCUACAGACUCCAAGUGGAGCAUAGGGACGUCCUUAUCCUGGUGUUCUUGGAGAAGAUCCCUUCCCACCGGUUAUCCGCCCAUCACAGACUGGCCCGACUGGUAAAGAACCGGACCUAUCUUGACUGGCCUCAGGACUCAGAAAAACAGAGUCUGUUUUGGGACAGACUAUGGGAAAAGCUAAAGCCAGAAGCUUCAGAGUAA